AUGAGCUUAACGACGAAUAGUAAAAUCGAAGAUUUAUCUACUGAACUGUGGUUAGAAAUAUUCGCCUAUCUAAAAAUUCGCCAGCAAUUCCAUGCUUUUUAUGGGCUAAAUAAAAGAUUUAACCAAACUCUUUUAUCCUUUCGAACUCAUAUCAGUUGGAGAAAUAAUGAUAAAGAUGCUCAACAUUUACUCGCACAUGUUUUACCAUAUAUGACACAUCCCAAAAAUGUUACUGGUUUACGAUUAGAAAAUACAAGAAGAGUUGACUUCAAUUAUUAUGGCAAUCUAUUCGAUUUUCCUCGGCUAAAAGCACUUUUUCUCCAUCGUCUAAAUAUUACGGAAGAUCUUCAUAGUAUAAUUAAACGAAACUCAACUUAUCUUCGAUAUUUAUAUAUUAGUCAAACAAUAUCUUGUGAUAAAUUACUGACGCAUAAAUUUCUUGAAACAAUUUUAUCUCUACAAAACUUACAAACAUGCAGUCUUCGCUUGGGACUAUGUAUGACUCCGUUACGAAUACAAAUUUCAUCAAAAAGUUCAAUUAAAAAUUUGCGGUUAAUGGGGACAAGUGAAAAUUGUACAAUCGAUCGACUUAUUAAAUUAUUAGAAUAUUUACCACAACUGCAAUCCUUAUAUAUUAUUGCUAAUCAGCUUAGUUUUAUUUCUACAAAAUCUAAGAAUAAUGAAAUAUGUGCAGUUGCGCUGUCUAGUUUUACUUUAAAUAUUAAGGAAUUCAUUAUUUCAUUUGUUCAACUGACAGAUUUUAUAAUACAUGUAAUGCUUUUUAUACAAGAACUUAAGAUUGUAUGUCGUACUGCAAUGCAAGAUUUAAACUAUUUAAAUAUUCACGAUUGGAUAAAAUUUGUUAAGUCUUCACCAAAUUUGAAAAAAGUGACUUUUGACGUUUAUCGUGGUAAUGAAAUUGACGAACAAAAAUGGAAUAAUCGAUGCCAAAUGUUAAUUAAAAGCAUGACCUUAAAUCACAUUACUUUACGAAUAGGCAAAUAA